GUGCAAGUUCUUCAGUCUGACCGAAACACCAGAGGAUUACACCAUCAUUGUCGAUGAGGAGGGCUUCCUGGAGCUGCCCUCCUCGGAGCACCUGAGCGUGGCAGACGCCACUUGGCUGGCCCUCAAUGUCGUGUCAGGUGGCGGCAGCUUUUCCAGCUCCCAGCCCAUCGGGGUGACCAAGAUCGCCAAGUCGGUCAUCGCCCCGCUGGCUGACCAGAACAUCUCCGUGUUCAUGCUGUCCACCUACCAGACGGACUUCAUCCUGGUACGUGAGCGGGACCUGCCCUUUGUCACCCACACAUUGUCAUCAGAGUUUACCAUUCUGCGGGUCGUUAAUGGUGAGACGGUGGCAGCUGAGAACCUUGGCAUCACCAAUGGCUUUGUGAAGCCCAAGAUGGUCCAGAGGCCCGUCAUCCACCCACUGUCCAGCCCAAGCAACAGCUUCUGUGUCACCAGCCUGGACCCCGACACGCUGCCUGCUGUUGCCACACUCCUCAUGGACGUGAUGUUCUACUCCAACGGCGUGAAGGACCCAAUGGCUGCCAGUGAUGACUGUGGCCACAUCCGCUUCUUCUCCUUCUCCCUCAUUGAGGGCUACAUCUCCUUGGUGAUGGACGUGCAGACGCAGCAGAGGUUUCCUAGUAAUUUGUUGUUCACAAGCGCAUCUGGCGAGCUCUGGAAGAUGGUGCGGAUUGGAGGACAGCCCCUGGGAUUUGAUGAGUGUGGCAUUGUAGCCCAGAUCUCCGAGCCCUUGGCUGCUGCAGACAUCCCCGCCUACUACAUCAGUACUUUCAAGUUCGACCACGCACUGGUACCGGAAGAAAACAUUAACGGCGUCAUCAGCGCCCUGAAAGUCAGCCAAGGAGAGAAGCAUUAGAAGGGUCUCACUCCUCCCCAUCCACCCCCCUCCCGAAGAUUCUUCUUGCAGUAUUUCUCAACAGACUGGAAAAUCGGCCCUAGGUCCCCCAAGGAAGGGACCUCAGAGAUACCCCCAAUUGCUGACUCCGCAAGGCCUGGAGCCCAGGCCAGGGCCGCCUCGUGUCAUCUUGCCUUCCCAGAGCCCCCAGACCCUCCAGAGAACACCCCUAUCUCCUCCCUCCACCCCCACUCCAGAGAAUGCCGUCUGAGGUCCAGGGAGCAGAUGAGCUGACCCACCUCCUCACCCAGCCUUGCCCUCAGCCAGGGGCAAACACUGACGUAAGCUGGCACCUCCUACAAGACACUGGGGUACAAAUUCGUGUGUUAUCUUGGGGGACGGGUCACGCUGGGCUGAGUUCAUAGAGCCUGGGGAGGCCCCCAUGAGGGUGGGAAGCUGGAUUCUGUGGUUCCUGGUCUCUGGUUCCAUCAGCUCGGGGCUGGUUCCCAGAGUGGAGGCCAGUGGGCGGCCUUCGGGACAUGUGCUGGUGAGACUUCGGCCAAGCUCGAGUGGGGCCCCAAGCUGGGGAAGACCCCAGCCAUCCGGAACCUUGCCUGCCAGCCGCAGACCCUGUGCCCCAACUCCCAGCAAGACUGCCAAGGGGGCCCUGUCCAGACCCUCCCCACCACAAGCACUCACUCCUGGGAGGGUGGUUCCCAGGAGACCCACCAGCCUAGGGCACGAGCUCCUGUCGCCGCUGCUUUCCCUGGACCCUGCCCAGGCAGGUGGAGCCUCGGUUUCCCCCAAGUGGGGGUACUCCCAGCAUUCUGGGCCUGGGGUUUCUUAGGUCACCCCCACUUCCCCAACAGUUGACCAGCACAGGGCUCCCUUGUCCUGUCCCCUCCCUUGCCCCACUUUGGGGAACAUGAAAGGCCUCUGCCCCCAACUCACCUGCCUGCCCGCCCCUCAUUCGGGGACUGUGGCAUUCAUGAGUACUUGACCUGGGAGGCAGCUUAUCUGAGCCUUAAUAGAGAAAACCAUACUUUGUUUUAGUUUCUUAUUUAAUGUAUUUGCGCCCAGGCUGUGGUUGGCAGCUGUUUCAAGAGACAGGGCCUACUGAGUUCUUUGGGGGGCCCAGAGGCUCAGCAUCACUUGGCUGGUGCCCUGUGACUCCAGGGACAAACAUAAGAACUGGGGCCUUUGACCCUCUCCGGAGCAGGACACUGGGAGCAGAGGUCUGUUACUACACGGGCCCCCAGGGUGCCCCAUACAGGGCUGCCCUGCCAGGCCUAAUGACAGGUACCCAGGCAGCUGUGCUUCUAAGUAUCUGGGGACCUGAGGGCCCAGGGAGGUGGACAGCCAGGUGGCAGGCCAGCUGAGGCAGGCAGGUCCCCCUGGAGGCUUCCCAGGCAGAAUGGGGUGAGUCCUGGUGCCUCCUCUCCAGCGGGGGGUGCUUUCUGAACUCACAGGGCCUGCUGUGGCCCCUGCCCUUCCUGGUGCUCUUCCUCGGGCAUCAGCUGAUCUGUGCUGUCCUUGAGAAGCUCAGAGGAAAAGGGGUGUUUUCUUGGGCUGGUAAAGGGCCUGUGUGAGCCCCACUCCCCCUUCUCUGAGCUGUGUGGGACCCUUUGUGCCCUGAAAGCCCCCAGAUGCAGUAGCUGUGCAGCUGAGCUGGAUCCUUGGAGAUCUCAGGGCCCAUGCACUGAUUAGGAGCCUAUCUUUUUUUUUUAAGUUAAUUCAUUUUGCACAAAACUCCAUAACAACCAAAACGUGUAACUUGUUUGCUGGUUCCAAAAUGGGAGUGGCCAACUGGUUAGGGCAGCACUUGAAGCCCCAAGUCCCCUUUCUGUCCCUGGAAGGCCUUGGUUUUCCAUGGCACAUCUCUCCCAGCCCCUUCAUGUCCGUCCCCUUGAUCACGUCACUUGGCCUUUUUUCCCUUCUGAGCAAGUGUGUAGGCCCCGUGACCCCAAAAAUGCGUGCUCCCCAGGCCCCUAGGGCGUAUCUAUUGUACACACGUAUAAAUACCUGUGUUUUAUGUUGAUAUAGAUAUAUACUGUAAAUAGCAUAUAUACUUGAGCAAUAUAUAUGUUAAUAUAUACUGUGUGGGCACGCACACACGUGUGUGUGGUACGUGGAUGCAGACCCCACUGUGUGUAUGCGUGUGUGUGGGCGUGAGGGCCUCACCCACCAUUUCUGCCGUGCACACAGGCACGUUUGAGCCACCGUGUAUUUUUAAUUCAAGUAUAUAGGCAAUACGACUGAGAGAAGCCAGCUGGCCGCUACCUCGGCCCUGACUUGACAGAAAAACAAACCAGCAGCCCAGGUGGGGGUGUCGAGGGUUUCUCCCCAGUCUCCCUUGAAUGCUGGGUUCAGCCCCUUUCUGCACCCCCAUCUCCACGGCCAAGACCCCUGACACUCUUGUGUUUGGAAGAUGGUAGAGCAAAGAGUGGAGGAGUUGGAACCUCUUGCUUUUGAACAGAACAGCUCCCUUCCCAGUUCUCCCCACCCGAAGCCCCAGGCCAGCUGGACGGUCAUCCCGAGUCUCCGUCCAGGUCUGCUCCCCUCUAGGAGCUGUGCUCACACUGAUUGCUUUACCUGAUUGUUUUCACCUGCAAGCUUAGCAACCCCAGGUUCUUUUCCCAGGUCUCCUCCUGGGGUUUGGCCCUGUCUAACUGAGAAGCGGACCUGCGUAUGCCCUUGAUGUGUGUCCAGGGAGGGAAUGGGGCAACUGCCACCUGGGAAACCCACCCUUUAUUUUCCCAGCUCCAGUCCUGCUGUGUGAAAAGGCCCACGGAGGCUGGGCAGGCGCAUCCUCUUGGAUUGUGUGUGCCCGUGAUUAGCAGAGUCCCUGAUUUGGUCUCCACAGCAUUUGGUGGGGGGCAGGCAUGAGUGCUUUUCCGACUGGCCAGCAGUUCGCCCCCCUCACCCCCCAGCCCCCACCAUCUCCAGAUUUGCUGGGUGUGGGAUCUCCAGACCUCAGGCUCUCCUUGGAGGGAGCAUGUACCCAGACCUGCCAGAGAGGUGGCCUGAGGAAUAUACCCGGAGGAUUUCUUGGCUCUGGUUGGUGGGGCAUGCAGAAUGGGGAGGAAAGCUGAGUUCUUAGGCAAGGCUGCCUCAGGGGGAGCAGGCAGGCCCUGUGUCUUUGCUUUGGUGCCACUCCCUGGGAAGAAAAGCUUGAACUAUCUAAAUGCCACCCUUACCCCUUGCCCACCCCAUCCCUGUACACUGCAAUGGGGAGAGCUCAAGGAGGGGAGAGUGAGGGAGGAGGUGUCAUGACCACCCUUCUCCCUCAUCCCCAACUGUAAAAACCUGCCUCUCCUCCAUCCUCAGCCUGGGCUUCUCUGGUUCCCAGGAAACUCCUGCCCCUUCAGCCCCCAGUCCAGACAUAGCAAAGAUGCACAAUGCCAGCUCUGCACCUCCUUGCUCCCUAAGAGUCUCCAGAGCCCCACAAGAGGCACCACCCAUGCCACUGCCCUUAGCCCAGGGUACACACCCAAGCUGGAGAGGCGUGCAGACCUCCCCUCCCCAAGAUUCAGGGGGUCAAGAGCCCCCCAGCACCAGCAUUCACCACCUCCAGGCUACAGGGCCCUGGUGGGCAGGGAGGGAGCCAGGCGACCUAGAGUUGCCCACUGGCCUCCCCCAGCAGGCAGCAUGGCCUCAGGGACCUGUAUAGUCUCCAAAAGAAGAUGUGUGGUCUGGUGAGGCUUGUUCCCACUGAGACGACAGAAUGCCUUGAAGUCUGAGGAUCUGGAAGGGACCAGGCCCCUGUUUCCAGCCACGGAUACCAUUUGCCUAAUAAUCAAAGAUGAACCUGCCUUCCCACCUCCGGCCCUUCCUGGCUGCAUUUUCUGGGCAGACGUUUAGAAUCCCCACGGCCACCCUGAGCCACCUUUCUGAGGCUCUGAGUCUGGAUGUGGGGGCAGCUAGGGCCCUUCCCAGCCCCAGCUAAGAGAGGGGACCUUGGGCCUCUCCCUGUUAAUAGCAGAACACUCCAGCCCUGAGAAAUUGUUGAUCCCACUUCCUGAGUGAACACUGGGUGGGGGGUAGGAAGAAAACACCCCCAAAAUAUCUGCCACUGUCAGGGCUGGGGAGCGGCCAGCCGCUGCUGCCCCAGCCUCUGGGAAUGGAGUUGGUUGGCUUGAGAGGCGCUUAGGGGAGGGGCAUGGAGCCCCUGGCAGUGGGAAGACUCCUCCUCAGGCUUCCUAGCUGCUGUGCUCAGGAAGGGGCUAGGCCUAGAGCAAGCGGUAGCCCUCCACUCAAAGAGGCCGCCUGGGAGGAGGGCAGGCCUGGGGAGAGUGGCCGGGGCUUGUUGCGAGGGUGGUUGAGCCCUGGUAUAGCUGGAUCUCGGAGCCCAUUCUAGUUUGUGGGGGGUUUUCAUUUUCAAAUUAGAGGCAUCCAAAGGACAACCUUAACAGUCUCAUAUUGUUUGCAUAGGCCGUGGGGGAAAGCCACAGGGUGGGCUGUGGCCUUCGGCUUUGAUAUUUGCGCACUCCUGGGAAGCCUGCUGUGUUGGGAAGGUAAAGAGUAAAGACGGGAGCUGCUGGCUGAGUGGCCUAGAGUAGAGGCAGAAGCCUGCAGCCCAGCUCAUGGCACCCGUGGGCAGCUGGUGGUGCGGGAGUUUGUGGCUCUCUGUUCAGGGGGACGGCGGGGGGGUUGUGAGAGUCAGGAGUACAGGGUGCCCUCCGCCCUGGGAGUCAGGACAUUGUUCUGUGCAUGGCCACACGUGUUUGCACUUACACAUGAUGUGUGAGUAUGUGCUGUGUCAUACACAUUAGUGUGUGUUGGAGCAUAUGUGUGCGGAGUCCAAACCUGAGCUAAGAGACUGGCUCAUUCAGUAUUUUGAGGCCUUGGUACCAUUUUAACCUGUGGGCCACAUGCUGAGGUUGGGCGGGGUGGGGGAAGGGGGGGGUGGCAGACCUGGAAGACUGCCCGAGGCCACUUGAUUUUGUUAACACUGCUCUGUGGUUGGGACAGGGACUCUGUCCACACAAUGGGACUGAAAGGCUGGACCUGGCGGGUGACUCCUCAGAAGCAUCCAGUCCCGAAGUCAGUAUUCACAGGGAGAGGCUGUGGGUGCUGGGCCCCUCACCUCCUGGGGCUCCUCCGAGAAGGGUGUCCAGCAACAUUGGAGACCAGGGGGUUGGGAGGGGAAAGAUGAAAAACAGGCCAAAUUCAGGUCCCAAGACAGAGACCAAGCUCAAUGUGUUUUCUGUCCGCUGCCUCAGUUUACCUUUUCAGAAAUGGCCCAGGAAGAACUGAGCAGUUUUGGCUCCAAAACUGGGGAGGGGGGCAUCUAACACAAACUCCCAAGCCCUCUUCUUACUAUAUGCCAAAAUCAUUUCCGUUAUCCCAAGAUGGGGGCGAGUGGAUGUUGGAUGCACAGUGAGGCUCUGCAGGGCCUCUGCCUGCCCAGGGCCUCAUCUUGGGGAAUCUGGCCCUCGCCUGGCAUGGCCCAGGUCACCAGCAGUAGCAGUGGCACCUGGCCCUGGCCCUGGCCCUGGCCCUGGCCCUGGCCCUGGCCCUGGCCCUGGCCCUGGGGGAAGGGGAGGACUGGGCAGCCCUACACCCAGGCCCCUCACGCUUACUUACUUUGUUGAAGAAACAAAACCCUCGAGAUUCAUGUACUGUAUGACGGAGAGAAAAAAGUACCUAAUGUUCCCCAAAAAAGACAGUAUAUUUUGUACUUUGUAAAGUGUUAAUUAAAAUGGAGAAAACGA